UGCACUAGUCAUUUGAUACGUGAAGUGCAGUCUGAAGCAACUAUCUUAAAAUAUGAAUUAUAUAGACGAAAAUAUAAGUUUGGGGGAAAUAUAUUUUAAUUCCUUAAAAAAAAAUUCACAGAAAACAUUAUUGUACAUAUCCGACACAGACGAAACCCUAACUUACUCUGAAGUACUCACUUUAAGCGUACGAACAGCGCUAGCACUGAAGCAACGCGGAAUCGGUAGAAAUGACAUAAUUUCCACCUGCACUUACAACCAAAAGUACAAUUGCUUGCCGGUGAUAGCCUCCCUGUAUCUAGGAGCUAUCAACGCGAACUUCGAUCCGAUCCUAUCGCAUUUGGACACGGUCCAUUUGCUGCGCCAAAUGGCGCCCAAAAUAUUGUUCGUCGUCGAGGAAGCGCUAGAAUUCAUGGAGAGAUGUUUAAAAGAAUCUGGCAUCGAAACGGUAUUGGUAGUAUUCGGAGAAAGCGACAAAUACCAACGGUUUUCCGAAUUCAUCACGCCCCAUCCCGACGAAAUGGCCUUUCGUCCGGCGACAAUCGACCAUGAAGAGACCGCUUUGAUUCUAUUCAGCAGCGGCACGACGGGUCUUCCUAAAGGCAUAUGUUUGAGCCAUCGCAGCUUGAAGAACGGAGGACCGAAUUUUUGUCCCAUGAAUAUUACCAACAAAAACCCCACUGUUAGCCUCAUAUUUACAUCUUUCUAUUGGAUUUCGAUGAAUUUGUUUUUUUACAAUAGCGUCAUAAACGGCUAUGCACUCGUGUUAUGUAAAAAAUUUAAUCCUCAGGAUGCAUGGAGGAUUUUUAAAAAAUAUAAGGUAACCUUUACUUUUCUUGCUCCUUAUAACGCGGCAGAAUGUUUGAAUAACAAGCCCGUCGAUGGAGAUUGCAGUACCGUAGAGGUUUUGUUCACUGGAAGCUGUCCAGUAAACGAGAAACUGAUGAGCGAUCUUUCAAACACAUUUCACAACGCCAAAAUCUUGAACAUUUACGGUCAAACGGAAUCCGGAAGCGCGAUAUCCAGUUUCGAUCCCUUUAACGACGAAGAAUACGCUUUGCAGCUCAAACACCCCCUUUCCUGCGGAAAGGUGAAGAAAUUUAUUCAAUGGAAGAUUGUAGAUUUGAACACAGAGGAAACUCUCGGGCCUAACAAAGAAGGAGAAUUGAGGAUAAAAUCCAACUACCUAAUGAACGGGUACUACAAAUUGGAUUGUUCUUCCUCAUUCGAUACAAAUGGUUAUCUUAAAACCGGCGAUGUGGCUUACUACGAUGAAAACAACUGCUUGUACGUUGUUGACAGAAUUAAGGAGAUGUUCAAGUACAAAGGUUGGCAUAUAAUUCCUGCUGUCAUAGAAGACGUCCUGAACGCGCAUCCUGCUGUCAAAGACGCCGUUGUUAUCGGAGUACCUUGUAAGAACGUUAAUGACGGUUUGGAGCCCAUGGGCAUCGUAACGUUGCGCGAACAGUACGGUAAUAUCGACUUAAAUGACAUCGUGAUUUACGUAAAUGGAAGGGUUUCCGAGACUCAGAAACUAAGGGCAGGCAUUAAAGUUUAUAACGAUAUACCGAAGACGGCUACUGCGAAACCUAAGAGAAGAGAAUUGCGCCAAUUAUUGGGAUACUAAAAUAAUAAAAUUAUAAUGUCUAAGCUGUUAAUUUUAGUUAAGGAUUUUGUAAAAGGUUGGGUUCCUUUGCGAUCAUUCAUUAAAAUAACCCUUCGGUAAUUUUCUUCUUGGAAUAACAAAUUGGUCACAAAUCGUUUUAGUCUCCUGAAAAUAUCUCAAAAAUAUUUCUGGUUGGCUUAUACGACUCAUUUGAUACACUUAUUAAGAUUGUCUUCUGACAUAAAAGUUAAAUUCAAGUCCAAAUUUUGGUCCUUUUUGCAGCUGCUAGUAUCCAAAAGUCGAAAUCUCACAAAAGAAAUUUAUAAAAUUUUGUCUAAAUCAAAAUGAUGUAAACUUUUUAAGUUUUUGAAAAUGAUUCAGCCUUAUUUUACAAGUCUAGCAUAGAUACUAGACUACUAUGAUAGUUACUAGUACAUACUAGCCCAGUAUUUUCUAAUGCAUUCCAAUUAGUUAAAUAACGAUAGUUUCUUUAUUAAUAUAGUUCUUCUAUAGAUGUCUUGUUUUUGCACUGUUUUGGAACAAGACGAAAAUUUGAUGAAACCCAUUUCCAGUAAAUAUCUGAGUGAUAAUAUGCAAUAACUGUUGAAUAAAGCAAUGAAAUGUUCUGCGUACUACUGAUUGCUGCAAUAAAAGUUACUCAAUCGGGUUUUAUUUAAAUAUUUACCUAAAUCGUAUUCUUAUACAAUAAGAGAUCAAAUUAAGUACAUUUAAACUGUGCACUGAUUUAAUCUCUUGCUUGAAUUAGUUGACGAUAAUAUUUGUUUGCCAAAAUCAUGAAUAAAGCCUAGUUAAGAUUCACGUUUAAUUUUGUCUUUUUUUGGUAAUUCGGAACAUAAAAUUAUAAAAGAAUUAAAAAG